UUGUUAUAUGAGUACAGGGCAGUUUUUCGAAUUUGAUGUCAUUGUGUAGCAAAAUAGAUCGAGCCAACUUUCUGAGCCACACUCUUUCAGAACAAGAGGAGGCGGUAAUGCACCGAAAUGCACCCAUCAACAACAGGAAAAAGGAAAACAGGCCGCGCCAUCACCGCCGUUUUCUUCUCUGAGAACCGUCAAGUAGCUUCGCGUCCUUUUGUUCUCCUUUGGUGGAUUAAAAACGUAUGACUGCACAUUUUAAACGAUUCUUUCAAGCAGCGACGGAUAGCUGCUGCCGACAGUUACUAGCUGUCAAGUUUGCGUGACAUAUUCACUGGCUGUAAACGAGAAAGGGAACGAACGAGAGUCCUGCUGGAGAUGGAGACUGAGAGAGCAGCCUGUUGAGUGACACAAGGAGCGCUUGCUUUAUCCACCACAGUCAGGAUGAGUGUGAGCGAUUCUUCUUAUCCACUUCCAAAUCAUCAUUGGCGGCAAGACACGACGUUAUAUCCCUUUCCUGGAGCAGGUGGAGAUGAAUCGACUGGAACAGGACCAGGAUGCUUGGAUACCCCUCUCCAACCUGACCACCAGAGGUCACUGUCUUCUGAAUCUGAUACUGAUGACAGUGAAGACUGGAGAGAAACCAGUGACAUUCAGUCAGGUUUCAACUCUGUCGAGAAUCCAGAUAUUCAUGUCAAAAAGGAGACAGAUGAUGCUGAUCACAAAUCACUCAUCUGCUCCAGAUGCGGGAAGAAAUGCUCCUCAGAGGCUGGACUGACUCAACACAUGAAAUCCUGCUACCGUGGACCUUUGACGUGUUCCCUUUGUGGAAACCGUUUUGAAACGAGUAAAAAAAUGUGGAACCACAUGAGGAUUCAUUCUGGAGAAAGACCUUUCAUCUGCUCCCGUUGUGGAAAAUGUUUUUCAACGAAAAAUGACCUGGGAAGGCAUAUGAGGAUUCACACUGGAGAAAGACCUUACAUUUGCUCCCAGUGUGGAAAAUGUUUUUCACAGAAAGGUGACCUGGGAAGGCAUAUGAGAAUUCACACUGGAGAAAAACCUCACAUCUGCUCCCAGUGUGGAAAAUGUUUUUCACAGAAAUGUGACCUGGAGAGACACAUCAGAAUUCACACUGGUGAAAAACCUGUGUUCUGUUCUCAGUGUGGGAAAUUCUUUUCAGAGUAUGGUCACCUGAAAAGUCACAUGAGAGUUCACACUGGUGAAAAACCAUUCUUCUGCUCCCAAUGUGAUAAAUGUUUUACAGAGAAAGGUUCCCUGACAAAUCACAUGCGAAUCCACACUGGUGAAAAACCUUUCAUCUGCUCAGAAUGUGGAACGUCGUUCUCACGAAUUAGUAAUCUCAAAAGACAUAUGAAAAUUCAUGCAGGAGAAAAACCUUUCAUCUGCCCCCAAUGUGGAAAACGUUUCUCACGGAAAGGUGACUUAAAGAAGCACAUGACAGUUCACCUUUCAAAAACUCUCAAAGGAAAAUGUGUAGCUAAAACAGAGCAUGAAUAGACACUUGAUAGCUCACAUUAAAAUAACUGUAUUCUGUCAUUUAAAAAAAAAAUACUGGAAAAGUAUAAACCUCUGCCAAGCAGCUUCUGUAACAUUAUUUCCCCAAUAUGGAAAGUGAUCCCAUGUGACUGUCAUCACUUAUCAUUAGAUUUCUUUGAGAUUUAAAUCACAUUAGAAUUUUUUGCACUUAUCCAAUGAAAUGUAACUUGUAUGUGUGUCCAGUGCGAACUGUAAACAUCCCAAAAGUGUCCUGCAAGCACUGAGGACGUGAUGAUAUCACACACAGCCAGUGCGCAUGGUGUUUGUAAGUAAGGUCGCUAGUGGUGGUGUAUAUCCUGUGGAUUUAAUGUUACUGCCUUUCCAAGGCCAGCACAUGCACAACAUAUUUGUUUUGAAGGUGAACGUUAUUGGCGGUUUCCAAAGAUGAUGUACGCUUCAAUUCUAGGUGGUGCUAUAUUCAUAUAGUGAAACUAUUAUCCGAUACAUAUCCCAUUCCACAUCCUCUGUAGCUUCUGCAUCCUCAUGUGCACACUUCAUUUUCAAAUAUUUGUCAACAGGGAACAUCACAGAUGGAUCUUUUUCUGAGUUUGGGCAGCGCCACAGAAGAGACAGUUGUUGGUUAGUUGUUUAGUGGAGAUGCUGGGGAUCGAAUGACUGUUUCCGACAUCACAGAUGGAGAUUAAAUUGUUUUUUACCAGUGAUUCACAAAACAAUCACACUACUGACCUUCCUCCCCUUUCAGGUGCUGUUCUUCACUGAAUCAAAACCAAGUAUGUUACAGAACAUUCAAACUGACAUCACGGACAGAGCUCUCAAGAGAUUCAAUGAAAGCUUUUAAUCUCCCUGAGUUUUGUAUUUCAGCUGACUCACAAAACAAUCAUUCUCUCUGUCUCCAAAUACAACAUUUCCUGUCUUGAUUUCUUCAUCCACUUGAGCUCCAGCCCGUCAUAAUUUGGUUCUCAGGUAUGUUAGUUCC